GGCCUCCACCUACUAGCGAUGGCCUCCAACCUUGAAUGGUUUGCAGUUGCAUGCUUUGCCAUGGCCCCCAACCUAAGAGCGAGGACCUCCAACCUACUUUUCCCGUUCCUCAGGCCCUUUUUUCACCUAGGUGGCCAUUCGAUUCGGCGCGCAGUAUCUUAAGCCCGGGCAGGAUGGAGGCUGCGCAUACGCCUCCUGUGUGGAUACCUUGGAAUCACAGGUGUUGGUGUAACCAUGCAGGGGGGCAAGGCGCGAUAUCACCAACCUUGACCAACGAAGCUGGGUGAUAUCGCGGGAUGUGGGACCUGGCCAGUCCCACGUACCUGCAUUGUUUCGUGCAUGUUGUAACCACCGACCACUCGUAGCGUCGUAGAGGUACAAGGCUGUUUAGGUUUUCAGGUUUGCAGUUUUGCUUGUGUGUUAAUUGUUCAGUUUGCGUGCAGUCAACCUACUUGCACCUGCGUGUGGUUUUUUGUUCAGUUUAUAUGCAGUUAGCCUACUUCCACUUGACUUGCUUAUGUGUUAAAAUGUUUAGCUUGUGUGCAGUUAACCUACAAGCGGAUGGCAAUUGUUUGUGUACGACAGUCAACCUACUUGUGAUGGCCUUCAACCUAAAUGCGAUGACCUCCAACUCAAGAGUGGUGGCCUCCAACCUAGGUGCGAUGGCCUCCAACCUUAGAGCGAUAGCCUCCAACCUGUUUUCUCAGGAAACUGGUUACUUGGGUCGCCUACGCAAUAUCUCGAGUGUGUGUCUGUGUGUGUGUCACACCCUGUCUCUAAGGGACUUUUAAACAAUUUCAACAACAGAAUCGCACGGGGCAAUCCCACUUCGCGGUCGAUUGCCAAACGAAGAGGGCUGUGACAGUCGCUUUUCCGCGCUUUACAUUGGCAAUGCAGUAACUAAUGUUGUGAAUCAUUGUCUGAAGUUUUGCCCAUUCACUUGAGCUCUCAUUCUAAGUGUGUCAUCUACCCCAGUCAGGUCCGGACGCAUGUUGCGUUCUAACUGUCCAGGGCAAAUUCUCACCAGUCAUAAAGACUUUAAAUCAAGCGCAGAAGUCUGGCGUGAGGAAAAGUCCUGCGGCUGCGCUUCUGUGAGCUCACGGCAGCGGAGCCACCCAGAGGGCUCAGAAAGAUACCCCUUGCGUCCAAGUGGAGAGGCCAAAAAGUGGACCACAAUGCAAAAACCAUCGAGGCUGAAGCCGGCGUGCCACAAGGCUAUUCCCCCAUGGAUCCCAAAGCUUCUAGGAUUGACAGAGGGCGCCCUAUGGUGUUGAAAAGAGUGCCGCCAGGUCAGCGGAAUGGAGCUCAACGGUGGUUAAGUUCACGCACGAAUGUCCAUGUGGAUGAUAAACUCAUUGCGAAUGAGGCAGCAGAGGACUCUGUUUGGUUGAUCGAGGAGCAAAAACAAAUGUACAAACUGCAAGUUGAAGAACCCUACCCUAAAUAGACUUGGAGAAGAAGUGAGCUAGCUAUCUGAAGAGGAAGACGGGAUAUACGUCAAACCAAACCCAAUGCGCAUUUGCGUGGACUGCGAGGGAGAAAGAAACGGGCGCCAGAACACAGCUCACUGAAUCAGGCUGGUGCUUCAGUGGAUUUGGACAGUGCAAGACAACCACAGUCCAGAAGCGGGCUGGGUACUGCUAUAUACUUGGUUCGACAGAGUUGACAUUCAGUUUUGCGUCAAGUCGCUGUAUAGUUCAUGAAGUCGCCAACAGUCCAAGCUGAAGAGGCCUUGCGCAGUUGAGUUUGUAUGUGUCUGGGGCGCGGGAUUUCGCUUUUCGCAUGACGUACAGCCAAAUUUGAACAAAGAUGGCCCAUCGAUUGCGCUGUGUGAAUGAGCACAAGGAGUCACACGUCGCAAGUGCAUUCGUUGAAAGUACGGCCCAAAAGGGUCAACAACAUCGGUGAUGAUCAUGAUGAACGGAUUGUUACGCGUGUCAUGUAGUGGAACUCAGAAGCGGACAGCGUUAUAAUCGUGGGAAGGAAAAAUUUAACCAUGAUGUAGAAAGCAGUGAGUGUGAGCCGUCCCUUUUGAAGGCAGUGUGGACUCUUAUGACUUUGCAGUUGUGUGGCAUUGAAGCGUGAUCAGACAGCAGUUCGGCUCGGCGUUGGUUACAGAGAACAGGAUUGGGAUGGACGUAAGGCUUUGCUGGUUGCAGUCAGCCUUGAGAAAGAGGUUGUUCAGCGUCCUUCCCACUGGAAGAAAAAACAAUUGGUCAGACUUUGCGGAAGCUCGGUCAAGUCAGGAGGAAUUUCAUUUUGCAUUCCUUGGCGCAGUACGUGUUGAUGAGCCCAACAAAUUGACAGAACAUGUUGGAGAACAGGAGUACUUGGUUAUUUUGACCGCUGAAACAUGGAAACGGCGUGUGAGGAAAAUUGCGCGUCGGAGCAAGAACCAGCGACAGCGAACAAGCUGGCGCAGCGCGCUGUGAUUUUGUUGAUACCUGGGUGUGAACCGGGAGUGAGCAGCAGCCUGGGAGAGCAACCUGCACCACAAGCCAUUCCGAGGGUUCAGGUGAAUCCUGAGAGCAAAAGUGAAGAGUCAGAGGCGACAAAGUUUGCAGGACGUGUCGGAUGAGCUUUGGCGCUGCUGGCAUCAUUUCAGUAGCGAGAGUGAAGAUGCAAUUGUCCUGCAACAGCUGAACCGGGCAGCCGGGCAAGUGUGAAAACCUGAUUUUUCAAUUUACAGCAGCUUCAGUGGAACGGGCAAAUUGUGGAAUGUGCGUGAGCAUACAGCCGUGUAUCGCAUUCCGAUUGCCGGAGCGAGGGCUAUGGAGAUAGUCCAAGGAAGAGUGGAUGGAAGACCUAAUUCAGUGCCGCAUACCCGAUGCGGAUUCUAUCCACUUGAAAGAGAGCAAACUUCAGCUCAGAAUACGCUUCAUUUCGAGGCGGAGUGUAAACACAUUUUACACGUGUAUAGUAUGGCAUGCUGGUAGUUCAGGUUCAAUAUGUAUGCCGGCUCAAGCGCAUGGCCCAAAACAACGUGCUACGAAACAGUUUUGCUUUGGAGCUUGGAUGCUGGGGUCGCUGCCAGAUGUCUAUGGUGGCCCCCAAGCCUGCUCACACACUGCUAGCAUUGAUGGUUGGUGUGUGGAAAGCACGCCGAAGAUGCCUCCGGCGAUUCUCGCAAAUUGUGAUGCAGGAAUCCAAGACAAAUCUGAUCACGUUGGUGGACGGUAGUUUUCUUCUGUACCAGGGCUACUACGCCAUGCCGCCACUAACAAACAGGUUGGGCGAGCCAACUGGUGCAUUGCACAAUUUCCUAUUGCAACUGGAGAGGAUCUCUACGGUGACCGACCCAUCGCACAUGGCGGUGCUGUUUGACAGUGCCACAGCGUCUUCUGCACGAAAAAGAUCUUUGCCAGCGUACAAACAAAAUCGAUUUUGUCCCGAUGACUUGAGGAUCCAAUUCGCAAAGGCCAAAGAGGCAUUGAAUGAAUUGGGCUACCGGUGGAUGUGUUCUGAGACUCACGAAGCAGAUGAUCUCAUCGCAACAUGUGUGCGAGCGCAGCCAGAGGACAGAUUUGUAAAGAUCGCGUCCAAAGACAAAGACUUGCUGCAGUUGGUGAACAAGAAGGUAAAUCUUAUUGCGGUGGAUCCAGAUGGAGAGCAUUGGCGGAUCACUGGAGAGACUGAGGUGAUGAGGAGAUGGGGCGUGCGACCAGAUCAAAUGGGGUACCUGCUUGCAUUGAUGGGCGACGCUGUGGAUGUCAUCCCUGGCGUUCCGGGCAUCGGUCAAAUGAAAGGGGCAGCUCUACUUCAGCGUUUUGAGAACUUGGAAGGCAUCCUUAGGGCUGCACAGGAUUGUACCAUCUUGGGAGUGGCUGGUAUCAGCGAGAAGCUGCGGCUAAACAUACUCAAGUGCCAACAAAUUGACAAGACAGACAAGCAGGACAACUAAUGAGACCAAGAAACAUUGCCAUGGCUUCGCUCUCUUUUUGCAUAUUCAGACAUUCAGAAAGAUAGUGGCUAUCGGCCGCCACGCGACGCCAAAUUUCGUUUGCGCCUGACGAGAGCCCAUUGAGCUUCUAGUAGCUAGUAGAAACAAGUGCCACGCUACUAGGAACAGGUGCCUUACUACUAGUAACAAUGUUUGCUAUUUGAAACAACAAGCUACUACGCUACUAGUAACAAGUAGUAACAAGAAGCUAGUAGUAACAAGAGCUUCUUCAGUAAAGGUGUGACGUUUCGGAAAUCGGAACGACAGUGUGCACCGUGCGCACUUUGCGCAUUGUGAGGUGUGGUUGACCAGUGUCUUGAUAUGUGUAAAUAUUUGCCACCCGUUGUGUUAUUUCUUUCCACAAUUUCCAAUUCCACCAUUUGUAGCGGGGCAACGCUGAAAAUCUCUCAGAUGGAGAUGCAUCGUCCCGACGCGUAGCUAAGAAUGGUCCCGACGUGGCGAACUUCACCAGACCUUUGUAGCUUCUUGUUACUACUAACAAGUGCCACGCUAGUAGUAACAAGUGCCUUACUAGUAGCAACAAAAAGCUA